AUGGCGGUGCCACAUUACGUCUACCUCAAGAUGAAGAUGCCAAGCACCAAAGGGAUUAUCACCGUCUCCGGAGAUUACAAGAAGUCAUCCGCCUAUGCAGCUGCCAGCAGUCGGCUGGCCGAGUCCUUGGUGAUCGCUGCCGAGAAGCGACUCCUUGACCGGGUUGUGGCCAUGGCCGGCAAGCAGCCGGACAUGUCCCCUGAUCCCAAGGAUUCGGAAGCUGAAGGUUCCUUCAAGCCGGCCAAGGAAACAAAGAAGAUGCCAUUGGACCCAGAGCACCCGGAGAGAUACGCUGUCGUCGGUGCAAACCUCGAUAGCAAAUAG